GGGGAGGGAGUCUGAAUGAGGGGAGGUGAAAGGGGAAUUGUUUCUGUCCGAAAGAUAAACCUUCAACACCCAUUCCACUUAAACACUGCCUGGACAUAUCUCUGCAUCAUCUCAACUCAGCUAAGCACAUUCAAAAUGGCUAUGGUAUCAGAGUUCCUGGGACAGCUGUGUCUCAGCGUUGGGGCCAAUGAACCCAAACACCCCACGGUGGUACCUGCUAAGGAUUUCAACCCUGACACAGACGCUGCUAGAAUAGAGACUGCAAUCAAAACCAAAGGGGUGGAUGAACAAACCAUCAUCGACAUCCUCACAAAGCGGACCUACUCACAAAGGAGAGACAUCGCUUUCGCUUAUGAGAGGAGGGCAAAGAAGGACCUGAUCUCAGCCCUGAAGGGAGCGCUGUCUGGCUCUCUGGAAGCAGUGAUCCUUGGACUGAUGAAGAGCACGUCCCAGUACGAUGCCUCACUGAUCAGAGGAUCUAUCAAGGGAGCAGGAACAGAUGAAGAAACACUGAUUGAGGUUUUGUGCUCACGCAGCAAUGAGGAGCUGGUGGACAUCAAGAAGGUCUACAAGGAGUUGUUCAAGAAAGAUCUGGAGAAAGACGUGGCUGGUGACACCUCUGGGAACUUUGCCAAGCUGCUCCUGGCUUUGGUGGAGACCAACAGAGCAGCUCCAAUCGCUGUCGUAGACCAUGAAAAGAUUGAUCAAGAUGCCAGAGCCCUCUAUGAGGCUGGGGUGAAGAUCAAAGGAACUGAUGUGCCCAUCUGGAUCUCCAUUAUGUCUGAGAGAAGCGUACCCCACCUGCAGAAAGUGUUUCAGAGGUACAAGAGUUACAGUCCCUAUGACAUGCAGGAGAGCAUUGCCAAAGAAGUCAAAGGAGACUUGCAAAAGUCCUUCCUGGUGCUAGUUGAAUGCUUUGAAAACAAACAGCUGUACUUUGCCAAGCGACUCAAUGAAGCCAUGAAGAGUAAAGGAGCCAAGGAGAAGAUAGUGACCAGUAUUAUUGUGUCACGCUGCGAGGUGGACCUGAAGAAGAUCUGCUCUGAAUACAAGACCAGCACCGGAGAGUCUUUGCAAAAGACUAUUCUGGAACACACCAAGGGAGACUACCAGAAGGUGCUGCUUGGCCUGUGCGGACCGGAGCAGUAAAAAUGAAUCAUCAGUAUCAAAAUGACCCAAAUUCUGCCACUGGAGGGGUGCACUGGAAAGGUGGGCUUAUGAAUAUCAUACUUGGAACAAACUCAGAGCCCUUCCUACUUUUUCUGCGCACAUUUGAAUGCAACAUUGAAGGAGAUGCAUCUAUCUCUUUGAUAUUUGAAUAGUCUGUAUUAAAUCUAACUUUUGUUUGACUAAAACAGCAAUAAAGUUGCUUUAAUGGA